AAUCCCACGCAACAACAACCUUAUAUCGAAGCAGUGGAACAAAGCAAGGAAGAGAAAGAAAUUUGUUUCUCUCUAAAGAGUCUCCGCUGAACUUUUUGGUUUCUUGAAGAUGUCGUUACUCUCCGAUCUUAUCAACCUUAACCUCUCCGACAUCACCGAUAAGGUGAUCGCCGAGUACAUAUGGGUUGGUGGAUCUGGCAUGGAUAUGAGGAGCAAAGCAAGGACUCUCUCGGGACUGGUUAAUGACCCUUCCAAGCUUCCCAAGUGGAACUAUGAUGGUUCCAGCACUGGUCAAGCUCCUGGACAAGAUAGUGAAGUGAUCUUAUAUCCACAAGCAAUUUUUCGGGAUCCAUUCAGGAGGGGUAACAAUAUCCUGGUUAUGUGUGAUGCUUACACUCCUGCUGGGGAACCCAUUCCUACCAACAAGAGAAAUAAAGCUGCAAAGAUAUUCAGUAAUCCGGAUGUUGCUGCUGAAGAACCCUGGUAUGGUCUUGAGCAGGAAUAUACAUUAUUGCAGAAAGAUGUCCAAUGGCCUCUUGGAUGGCCUCUUGGUGGGUUUCCUGGGCCCCAGGGACCAUACUAUUGUGGAACUGGUGCUAACAAGGCUUUUGGGCGUGAUAUUGUUGACUCACAUUACAAAGCAUGUAUUUAUGCGGGAAUUAACAUAAGUGGAAUCAAUGGAGAAGUGAUGCCCGGUCAGUGGGAAUUCCAAGUUGGUCCAUCGGUUGGCAUCUCUGCUGCUGACGAGUUGUGGGUUGCUCGUUACAUUUUGGAGAGGAUCACCGAGAUUGCUGGAGUGGUGCUUUCCUUUGACCCUAAACCAAUUCAGGGUGAUUGGAAUGGUGCUGGUGCUCACACAAAUUACAGUACCAAGUUGAUGAGAAACGAUGGUGGCUAUGAAAUCAUCAAAAAAGCAAUUGCUAAGUUGGAAAAGAGGCACAAAGAGCACAUUGCUGCUUACGGAGAAGGCAAUGAACGUCGUUUGACCGGACGACACGAGACGGCUGACAUGAACACCUUUUUAUGGGGUGUUGCAAACCGUGGUGCUUCUAUUAGGGUAGGGAGAGACACUGAAAAGGCAGGGAAGGGAUACUUUGAAGAUAGGAGGCCUGCCUCUAACAUGGACCCUUAUGUGGUCACUUCCAUGAUUGCUGAGACAACUAUUCUUUGGAAACCAUAAGCAACGUCAAAACAAUCACAUGGUGCCUUCCGCAUAGCAUUGUUGUUUAGAUGGUCAAUUUGUUUUUCUAUGUUUUUGUGUGCAUUCUAGUUGUGACUACCUCGCCUGUUGUUAGGUAUUGUUUGUUGGUGGUACUCAUGAUUACCAAGCGAGGAAUUGUUGUUUCAUUUUCUUAAUGUACGUUUUAAGUGUUCCAAUAAUGUGUAAUGGCCCUCAAGUAUUGUUAUUUGCUGCGAAUUUAUAUUGUGAAGCAUCUCAUGAUUUCUCUUUGAGCAA